GUUAAACGUCAACCUACAGUAGUUUGCUUUUUUACUUGCUGGUCACUGCUUCGUUCUGCUUCACUGCUUGUGUACUGCUUUUACUAUAAAUAUCUGGUUUUAUUUGCUUUCGAUAAUAAUUAAUUAAGUUUGUCGCCUUGUUUAAAGUUCUCUAAAAAAAUAAAAAACAAUCUAAAUCAAUAUGCAAUCCAAAUACGCGUGUUUUUUAGUUGUAUGUCUCAGUUUUUGCUGCCAAUGCAUAAUCGCUGCCCAUCUGCCACCGCAAAGUCUAGAGAAUUCUUCGAGUUCUUUAACUGCUACUGUCAUAACCGACGACGACGAUAUAAACGCCAAAGAAACUCGGAUACUAGGUGAUGAUGAUUUUCAUUCAAGAAGACGACGUGCCCUCUCCGAUUGGCUAAUUGCACCGAACACGCGAUGGUGCGGUCGCGGAAAUACAGCUGGCAGCUAUAAUCAAUUGGGCGGCGCAUCAAGUGCGGAUAAAUGCUGUCGCAGACACGAUCAUUGCCAACAUAACAUUCCUGCCAUGGCCACUAAAUAUGAUCUCUUCAAUUACCGUCCCUUCACCGUCAGUCACUGUAGCUGUGAUCGUCGCUUCCACACAUGCCUCAAAAUGGCAAGCGACUCCGAUGCUAACAUGGUUGGAAAGUUGUUCUUCAAUGUUGUACAGAUACAGUGCUUCGUCUUGAAACCAGAAAAGGUGUGUCUGCAACGUUCGCCCGAAGGAGUAUGCGAAAAGGAAGGAAUAAAACACAAGGCCCAUCUCAAGGACAAUUUAGAUUUUUAAAAACGGAAGAGGUAGAAAAGCGUACGUUGUUUGCCGUUUAUAUAUUAGACUUUGUGUGCCAACUAUGUAACUCUACUAAGUUGUACUUAAUAUUGAAAGUAUCCAAUCUACCUAUCUAUGCCUAGAUACCUAUAAUUAGUUUUUUCUUAGUACAAACCAAUGAGCUAUUAAAAUAAUGUUAAAAGUUAACUACCUAUAACGGAUUUGUUAAAAAUGUUAGUUUAAAACAAAACAAAAGAGAAAAGUUAUGUAAGCCUUUGAACAAGGAUUUUAUGUCAAUGUAAAACAAAAAUACGAAUAAUUUUGUACUUAAACAAUUUUACUUUGGUAAAAAUAAUCCAAAAAAAGAAUCUUAUCUGCCGUAUUAAAGCAAUACCUAUACUUAAAAAAUUUAUAAAAAGCAUCAUAAUCAAAAUCGUAGGUCAUAAGUUAAUCCUAAGUAGUUAUAUAGAAAGUUCUGGCCAUGGGCUGGUGCUAAUGUGAUUUUUUCCUCUAUUUAUAGAACCACACAUAAUCGAAAAAUAUACUCAAAAAAUAAAAUAUAUACCCAAAAAAAAACCUCUA